AUGACGAUGGAUUAUCGCAACCCCUACAGUGUCUAUCCCGAAUAUUACUGCCCUCCGUACCAAGCAGCAGGGUAUCAGUACCCUCCACAGCAGCAUCACUAUCAUCCUCAGCAACAGCCGCAGUAUUUAGAACAGACUGCAGCUGCGGGUCAGCAGAAGAGCUACAACAGUACGGCGACUGGGCCAUCGAUACACCCUCAGCACCCAUAUCUUUCUCAGCAGCAACAACAGCGGUCCCAGCAGCAGCAGCAGCGGUCACAACAGCAACAGCGACCCCAAAACUACCACUCUGCCUUCCAUCAGAACAAUCAACUUCAACAUCAUUCACAUUAUUCUCCGUAUUUGCCAAAUUUCCUGGUGAGCUCUGGAACAGGACUGACCCCAAACCUGACCCCAACAACUGUAGCUACGAUUGAACAAUCAUUCCUGGAGCUGCAGUCUGCUCAACAGAAUAGGGCAUGGGAGCCUGUGAUACAAAGUGGGUUCGUGCCCCCAGUCAUCGACGCCGGCCACAGCACCGAAGUCUCCCAAGACAGCCAGGAAUAUUCUUCCGAGUAUUCUGAUGCCGAGUGGGAACCGGCUGUUAAAAGGGGUCGAGGAUCACAGGGGAUGAAAGAUAUUAACAAUGUGGAUCUCAUUGUCACAUCGAAUGGCACCAUCAAUGCCGCUCCCCAGCGCAAGUACACAAGGAGAAAUAAAGAUGAGAAGCUACCACCGGAAGAAGAAGAAAGGCGACGAGUGCGCAGAGAACGCAACAAGCUGGCUGCUGCCAAAUGUCGACAGAGAAGAGUGGAUCAUACCAACAUCUUGGUUGCG